AUGAUUCAUUUCUUCACUGAAAUCAACAAGGCUGAUCUGUUCGCGAUUUUGGGUGUGCCCGCGCUCGGCGUUCCGGCGAUCAUCACCAAUUUCAAAGCGUUCCGCCGUCUUCUGCGACAGGAGCGCUUGACACGAACCGCCCGGCUAUAUCUGUCGGCUGACCAGCUCGUUCGCCUCGUCAUGUCAAUAUUGUUCAUGUACAACUUCCCAGCGGCAUUUAUUCGUUUUGAUAAAGACGAGCAUUGGGCCGACCCGAACGAAGGGUAUUACAAG